CUUCAUGCACAGCAGUUAUUUUGGCAGCGAAAAUGUUACUAGUCAUCUUCACCCUUUAUUUUUUUCUCGGUCAGACUGAGCAGGUUUUGGAUUCCUACAUUGCAGCCGUGUAUGAACACACGGUCAUCCUGAAUCCGGAGCCUCGCACGCCCUUGUCCCGCCACGACGCCCUUCGACACAUGCAAAGAAAUCUGGAUGUGUACGAGGAGCAGGCUGCCCUGGCUGCCCAGCAGGGUGCGCAGAUAAUUGUGUAUCCUGAAGAUGGGAUUCAUGGGUUCAACUACACUCGUUCAUCCAUUUCUGGCUACUUGGAGACCAUUCCUGACCCCGAGGAGCGCUGGAACCCCUGCAUGGAACCGGGCAGAUUCAACAACACAGAGGUUCUGCAGAGACUGAGCUGUGUGGCCCGUCGGUACCACCUCUACCUGGUGGCAAACAUGGCUGACCUCCAACCCUGUCCCCUGAAGACGGACCCGUCCUCGUCGUGUCCCUCCGAUGGACACUGGCAGUUCAACACUAAUGUGGUUUUCAACUCCGAGGGCCUCCUGGUGGCCCGCUACCAUAAACACAACCUCUACUUUGAGGAGGCUUUUGAUCAACCCCCUCAAGCAGAAAUCGCUACGUUUGAUACACCUUUCGCAGGAACGUUUGGCCUCAUCGUCUGCUUUGACAUCCUGUUUAGAGACCCUACAGUAACCUUGGUGGAACAGGUAGAACAAACCCACCAACCUUUCCAGUGCUGUAUUCCCUCUGAGCUCCUAUUUCUGCUCCUCUUUCAGGGUGUGCGUCAGCUGGUCUUCCCUACGGCCUGGAUGAACCAGCUCCCCCUGCUGGACUCCAUCCAGUUCCAGCAGGCCUUCAGUCUGGGUGCGAAUGUCAGUCUGCUGGCUGCCAACAUUCGUAAUGAUCGACUUAUCAUGACAGGAAGUGGUAUCUACACCCCGUUUUCUUCCACCUACCACCAUGCUAGGAGAGGAGACCCAGAGGAGGGCAGGUUGCUUUUGGCCAGGGUGCCAGUCUUACACCCGCAGUGGGUGAGACAGGACUCGCCCACAGCGGAUUCUGUAGACACGACUGAACCCACCUCACCAUACUCUGGCGUCUGCCACAGGGAGAGCUGUGCUGAUCUCCCUCCUCCUCCUGAUGCUGCUGCGGUGAUGAUGUACGACCCGUUUCAGUUUGCCCUCCUAAAUGAAACGAGGGGAAAACUCAGCGUGUGCGAUGGCGCCUUUUGCUGUCAUCUCCAGUAUGAGUGGAUAGCACACGAUAAAAGGAGCGAGCUCUAUGCUCUGGGAGCAUUUGCAGGAACCCACGUGGUGAACGGACAUUAUGCUCUGCAGGUGUGCGCGGUGGUCCGCUGUGCGGCGCUGGAAGCCAGCUCCUGUGGACAAGAGGUGGAGGAGGCUGAAUCUAAGAUGGACUUCCUGUUGGAGGCCACGUUUGACACCAGACAUGUCUAUCCCUCCGUUCUGGCAAGCCGUCUGGUUCUGGAGCAUCCUGAGAAACUGGAGAAGGCUCCAGAUGGGAGAGUGGUCAUGAAACACUCCAGUGUGAGCGGAGGGCUGGUCACUGCUUGUCUGUAUGGACGGAUGUACCACCUGGACCAGGAAUGAACUCCUACUACAGAAAAUUCUUGAUUCCAUUCUGACCGUGGAGACCAGAAAAUCAGCUGUUAGACCUUUUCUUCUAAAAACAAAACCGUUUAUUCAUCUGUUACUCAAUCUUUACAAACAUUGCACCAAGUAGCAUCCAAUCGGUCUCAAAUUUGCAUAUUCCUAAAAAGGCAAUAUUCAGAAAUAUCUCUCUCUCACACACACACACACUCACACACACUCACACACACACACACACACACACUGCCACCAGUUCCCACCAGACAUUAAAUAGUUCCAGCACUGCAGAACAACCAUCCUGCCCAGGCUGUUGGUGAGGAGACGCCUGGGUCAGAUGGACAGCAGCUCCGAGCUCUUGUUUAGUCUCCGUUUCAAAUAAAUACAAAGACUUCAACAAUGA